GCCGAUGAACUCAAUCUAGUAGGCAACCUAACCCGGCCAGCCUUGGCACAACUUUUUACCUCCCCACCACACCACCGCGGCGGCUCGUGUUCACCACACCUCCACGUCAACCCGGGCCCACCAUGAACGUACUCCACCCCUCACGGUUCCGGCUGCUCGCCACCGUCCCACGGGGGCUCAGCCUCGCACCCAAGCCGCAAACCCGCGCGAUCUCGUGGUUCGGCUUCGGCGGCGGUCCCAAAGCGGCCAGCACCAACGACUCCGCAUCCCGCAGCAUCGCCGACCUGCUCAAGCAAUCACCGAAGGUGUCACAAGCUCAGCAGAUGCCCACACGGGGAACCCUCGAUGAGUCCUCGAUCUUCGGCUCCGAAGACGCCGACGCCGUCACCACCUCACAGGAAAUCGAUCUCACCGCAAACCGGCUCCUCCGCGAUCCUAACCGCCACCAGUGGGGCUGGCUCAAGACUUCGGCGGCUCGCGAUCUGCGCCGCCGCGGGAGAUUGACCCGCCAGGAGCGCAUCGCACAGACGGAGCGUGAGCAUACCGUCGCUUCGCACUUUAUCAAGACUUCCAUGAAGAAGUUGGCGCCGCUCGCUAGACAGAUUAUGGGGAAGAGUGUGGAUGAUGCGAUCACGCAGAUGAGGUUCUCGCCGAAGAAGGCUGCGAGGGAUGUGUUGGCCCACUUGUACCAUACGAGGAACGAGGCGGUUGUCAGGAAGGGUAUGAAGACGGAGGAGAUGUAUAUUGCCCAGGCGUGGGUUGGGAGGGGGCCGUUCGAGAAGGGACUCAACCACAGAGCCAAGGGAAGGAUUGAUAUGCUCAUGUUACCGUUUACCAGCAUUACGUUACAGUUCAAGGAGCAUGCUACUCUGGAGAGAAUUGCGAGAGAACAGAAGGAGAAGCGGGAACGACGGCCGGUACGACAGCAUCUUCCCAGCCGGCCGAUAUACGGUCAGCGGCAAUACUACCAAUGGUAGACGAACGCGGAUGGUCGGUGGUGGGGGCAUCAUGUAACAUAUCAUCACAAAAAGAAGAAAGGCGU